AUGGGUAAAAGAAGCCACAACGCCGAGCCAACUGAGCUGCGGGCAAAGAAAAAGUCGAAAUCCGACAAACACUCAGGAUCCGCCAAAGAGAAGACCUCAGACAAGGAGAUUAGCACCUCGGAGGAUCAGGCACCUUACUCCCAGAGUAGUGCCCUGAGUGCCCUCCUUCAAUCCCAGAUUGAUCAGUUUCUGGACGAGAAAGUCAUCAAGGUCACCGAUCCUUCGCCCGAGGAGACCGGAAGCGGCAAAACUUUGGCCUUCGGUUUACCGUGCCUCAAGAAGCUGAUGGUCUCCAAGCGGAACAAGAAAUCUUCCCACCCGGCUACCGUCAUCAUUUCACCCACCCGUGAACUCGCUAUGCAAAUUUAUGACCAGCUCGUCAAGUUUGCGGACGUGGUGAAAGCCGGCGUGACUUGUGUCUAUGGUGGUGUGAGGAAGGACGAACAGCGUGAAGCGCUCAAAAAAGCCGUCAUCGUGGUCGCCACUCCUGGUCGCCUCAAGGAUCUCAUGAACGACGAGUCCGUCAACCUCUCGAAAGUGAAGUACCUCGUUCUUGAUGAGGCUGAUCGUAUGUUGGAUAAAGGAUUCGAGCAAGAUAUCAAAGAAAUCAUCCGACCUAUGCCAGUCUCCAAGAGACAGACUGUCAUGUUCACGGCCACUUGGCCUCGCUCUGUCCGGGACCUGGCUGCGGGUUUCAUGAAUUAUCCAGUGACUGUCACCAUUGGCGGGGACCCGUCUGCAGACCCUCGUGCGAAUACGAGAAUUAAGCAAGAGGUUGAAGUCAUGGACGGGCGGGAAAAGGAGGGAAGACUCAUCCAACUGCUGAAUCGGUCUCAGAGAGGUACCAACAAUCCCGAGAAGGUUUUGGUAUUCUGCCUAUACAAAAAAGAGGCGAUCCGUGUGGAAAGGCUCAUCAAGAUGAAGGGGUUCAAGGUUGCUGGCAUUCACGGUGACCUGAACCAAACUGAUCGAUUCCGCAACCUUGAAGCUUUCAAAAGCGGCGCGGCAACCAUUCUGGUUGCUACCGAUGUAGCAGCCCGUGGUCUGGACAUCCCAGCUGUGAUGUUGGUGAUCAAUGUCACCUUCCCCCUUACUGUGGAGGACUACGUGCACCGCAUUGGGAGAACUGGCCGAGCUGGGGCUACGGGCCAUGCCAUCACCUUUUUCACGGAACAAGAUAAGGCAUUGUCCGGCGGAUUGAUUAAUGUCCUCAAGGCUGCUAAGCAGAAUGUGCCAGAAGAUUUGUUGAAAUUUGGCACUACCGUUAAGAAGAAGCAGCACGACGCCUAUGGCGCGUUCUUCAAGGACGUCGACACGGACAAAAAGGCCACAAAGAUUACAUUCGAUGAUUGA